CCAAACUAUAUCACCCUGUCGCUACACCACAUUGCCCUCACGCAGAAACCACCAAUUUCGUUUUAGCCCUCAAACUAGCCAAGCCAAAAUGUUGCUAUCCACCAACUCGAAGAAGCACAAGGUGACCGUUAUCGGUUCCGGUAAUUGGUGAGUCGCAGGUGGUGUGCGUGCAGUCAGAGACUACGUGGCUAACAUCCAUGCAGGGGAACUGCAAUCUCAAAGAUCCUCGCCGAGAACUGUCGGGAGCGCAAUGAUAUAUUCCACGAGACGGUUGAGAUGUGGGUGUUUGAAGAGAAGUUAGAGGUGCCAAAGAAUUCCAUGCAUUACAAGUCGUCUGAGCCCGUCUGUCAAGGUCAACACAACUUGACAGAUAUCAUCAACGCUCUGAACGAGAAUGUCAAGUAUCUCCCUGGGGUUGCUCUCCCCAAGAACAUCCAUGCCAACCCCUCGUUAGAAGAUGCUGUUAGGGACUCUACGAUUUUGAUCUUCAACGUCCCCCAUCAAUUUAUUAUCCGGAUCUGCGAUCAACUCCAGGGAAAGAUCCUGCCCUACGCUCGUGGUAUCUCGUGUAUCAAGGGUGUCGACGUUGAAGAAGAGGGAGUUAGUCUCUUCUCCGAAACCAUCGGCAAGAAACUCGGAAUCUACUGCGGCUCCCUCUCCGGUGCCAAUAUCGCAAACGAAGUAGCCAAGGAGCUCUGGUGCGAGACGACAAUCGGUUAUGAUCCUCCUCACCUUGACUCCAAGGCUCCUACUCCGGCGGGCGGUUCUCCCUCCCAGUCACAGGUCGAUCUUGUCUCUUUUGAACACAAGGACUCGUCCGGGCAAUAUUCCAAAGUCAAGCUUCGACCUCUGCCUACCGACUACCCACCAAUUGACCACGCUCUUUGGUGGACAUUGUUCCACCGUCCUUACUUCCAUGUACGUGUUGUAAGCGAUGUUGCCGGGGUCGCUCUUGGUGGUGCUCUCAAGAAUAUCAUUGCUGUUGCCGCUGGUUUUGUGGACGGCAUGGGCUGGGGUGACAAUGCCAAGGCAGCCGUCAUGCGCGUCGGGUUGUUGGAGAUGGUAAAGUUUGGAACGCAAUUCUUCGGCAAUUCUAUCGAGACGAAGACAUUUACAGAAGAGAGCGCCGGUGUCGCAGAUCUUAUCACUAGUUGCAGUGGUGGGCGUAACUUCCGUUGCGCGAAGCUCAGUGUCCAGCGAGGUGCUCCCAUCGAGGAGAUUGAGAAGCAAGAGCUCAACGGCCAGAAGUUGCAAGGCACGUUGACUGCUGCUGACAUUAAUAAAUUUUUGAAGAAGCAGGGUGCGGAGAAGGAUUAUCCAUUGUUCACUGCUGUCCACCGCAUUUUGAAAGGCGAGAUGAGUGUCGAAGAUAUACCUUCACACAUCGAGCCCAAACUUUAAUCGUGAGACUGUUUUAAUUAUUUCUUGCAGGCGGUGGUGUUGGUGUUGGAGAGAGUGGAGUCGCAAGAAGGUGAAUUUAGGACAGGGUAUAUACGGACCGAUGUCUUUAAGGCUAGGAAUGAAUCGAACAUUAAUUGAAUAGCGGUCUGAAAUACUACCAUACUACUGAAUGGUACUCAAUAUAAUAUAAUAGAUAGAUCUUAUGAUUAUCAGGUUAGGAAGCCUUGCUAGCCUCAGAUAUUCAGGCAUGCGACAUGAUGUCAUGGGCGGUCUAGCCCCGCGAGACAAAAGCCAGGAAGUUCAUCUUCCCAUCG